AUGACAUCAAGACAAGAGCGAGCGACACUUGCUCAGAAGAUACAAGUACUCGACUACUUCCAUUCGUCUGGGAACUCUCAACUAAAGACAGUUGACAAGUUCAAAAAGGACUUUUCAAUCUCAAAAUCAUCACUUAGCGAAUGGCUUAAACGUGAAGACAAUCUACGUCAUAGUUUUACACAACAGGAGUACAAAAUUUCCAAAAACAGCCGAAGGACAGUAAGGUUCAAAUAUGAAAAGAUAAACAGAGCCAUGGAUGCGCUAGUUUUGACUAGAUUGGAAAAGAAUGAGCCGAUUUCGGAACCGAUUUUGCGAGAACACUGGUCUGUGUAUGCUCACCAAUAUGGCGUGGACGACCCUAAAAGAUUGGUCAGUUUUAGUCAUGGAUGGUUAAAUCAAUUCAAGAAAAGGCAUGGAUUAAGGAGGAACCCACUGUCUCACAAGGGGUCACUACUGCAAAAACUUGGAGAUAUAGAUGAUGGAGAUGGGCGUGAAUUGGAAUCAGAAACUAGUGAUAAUCCAGCGACAAACAAUGCAACAGACAAGACUGCUGUGGCCAGUCAGCUUACUGAAGACAUUUCACUGGAUAUUUUCGAGCCGGUCUUGUUGCAAUGGCCCAAUCAUCGGAUCGCGAGAGAGAAAAGUGCUGUAGUCAAUAAUAAGUCAAAUGCUUUGGCAGUGCACGAGACCCCAGAUGAAAUACAGCUACGAAACAAUCUACUGGUUGACUCUGCAAGAUCCGACCCGAUUCCGCACUUAUCUGAACUUCCCCUUCACGAUGAUGUACGUCGUUUAUUCCGGCAACGCCCAUUGACAAUGCCGACGCUGGAUUUGCUUAACCCUGAAGCAAACAGUGAUUCGAAAGCGGGUAAGAGUUUGAAGAGACGGCGUCCGGUAGUACCGGAAGAACAGCCCAUUCAAGAAAUGCAAAACCAUGACCCUUCCAACAAGUAUACAGUUCCCGCAGCUGCGGUACCAGACGUGAUUUCCAACACCGUAACAGAGUCAAACACAAUAAAUGAAUCGUCGCCACUUGAGCAAGGCGAAGAAGCGCAACGCGAAGACGUUUUAGAGGACAAUACAAACGAUGUCUUUGCUGACAGCCAGAAUGAAAUAGAAAGGUUCAUAUUCACCAAAGCUGAAACCUUUUUCCAAGCCAAUGCCAAACUGUUCCCCGAAGCAUCAAGACUAUUUCAAAAAUUUGAACAGGCGUUCUCCGAAGAGCUAGAACAGAAGCGUAGUUUGACAGAGAUGUGUUAA